AUGGAGGCUUCCCAAGAGAGAAUGCGCCUGCUCGAAGCAAGGUUCCAGAACUCCAUAGCCGUCCUUGACAAUGCAAAGAAGGUCAGAGGCGAAGCUGGCGCUACUAAUGUCCCUGUUGCGUCUCCCGAGCAGCGUUGUCGCCAGGAAGACCCUGACAAUGUCCCGAGUGGACUAUACUCCCCGCGAAUUAAUGAAAAGAAGCACUCCCAUUCACGCAUUGGUUGCUUGAAGCAUGUGGCUUCUAGCACUGAAACGAACGUUCCGCUUGCUCUUUCACCGAAUCUGCCUUCCAGUACCGCCAGGGCAAGGGCGACACUGGAUCUUCAAGAUGGCACCGCAAACGGGUCCUCCCUUCUCGGGUGGUUGGAGAGGGACGUCCAAGCGAGAUCGCGGUUGACGAGUGGAAACAGGCAGCAGUUUUCAGGUGCCUCGUCCUUAGGCGAAGAUACCACGAACUUGCAUACAAACCGGAGGCCGGGAUCAAUUCUAGGACUGCACGGCACCAGCAGGACUCCUUUCAACACAAGCCCAAGGACCUCCUCGCUUGGAACGCUGACGAACCAGCAGAGACACAACUUGAAGGGGCCAUCUUCAAAGCGCACAAAUAAAUCCAAAUCUCACCGGUAA